AUAUACAUUAAGGACCAAUUUGAUCAUUCUCUGUAGAAAAGGUAAGAGAGAGAGAGAACCAAGCAGCAAUUGCAGAAAGAGUAAACGAGUUUUGAUUUGGAGCUGACGACAAUUUACUCUGAGAGUAGUAAUCGGUUGGAGUUCAAAAAUGGAGUCGAGGAGAGUGACGAAGACAUUGGAAGAUCAAUGGAUGGUGGAGCGACAAGUCCGGGAAAUAUAUGAUUAUUUCUACAGCAUUCCCCCCAAUUCCCAGUCCGUCAUCUUAGAGCUUCAACGCGACAAGCACUUCGGUUAUCUUACACGAGGCCUCACAAAACUCGGUCCGUCCUUCUCCGUUUUGGAUGCCAAUCGACCAUGGCUUUGCUACUGGACACUUCAUUCAAUCGCUUUGUUGGGAGAAUCUAUUGAUGCCAAACUGGAAAAUGAUGCAAUUGACUUUCUAACCCGUUGCCAGGAUAAAGAUGGUGGCUAUGGCGGGGGACCUGGUCAGAUGCCUCAUCUUGCAACUACUUAUGCUGCAGUCAAUUCACUCAUAACUUUGGGUGGCCCUAAAGCUCUGUCAUCAAUUAAUAGAGAAAAAUUGUAUACAUUUUUGCUGCAAAUGAAAGAUACAAGUGGUGGCUUCAGGAUGCAUGACGGUGGAGAAGUAGAUGUUCGUGCCUGUUAUACAGCCAUUUCCGUUGCAAGUAUAUUAAACAUUGUGGAUGAUGAGCUGAUUCAUGGUGUUGGAAAUUACAUCCUAAGUUGUCAGACUUAUGAAGGUGGAAUUGCUGGCGAACCAGGUGCUGAAGCUCAUGGUGGGUAUACUUUCUGCGGGUUAGCUGCAAUGAUUCUGAUCAACGAAGUGAACCGAUUGGACUUGCCUAGAUUGAUUGAUUGGGUGGUAUUUAGACAAGGAGUCGAAGGUGGAUUUCAAGGCAGGACAAAUAAAUUAGUCGAUGGCUGCUAUUCCUUUUGGCAGGGCGCGGUAGCUUUUCUUAUACAAAGAUUAAAUUUGGUGGUCCGUGAACAACUAGGGCUGUCAAAUGACCUCGGUACAGAAAGUGCAGAUGAUUCUUCAGACUCAGAGUUAUCUGCUGAAGAAGAGCAUUUGGAAGGGACAUCCUCGCAUGUUCAGGAGACUUGCCCUCAUGGAAAAGAAGGACAAGAAAAUGCUUCUGAUACCAUAAAGAUAGCAGAUACUGGAUAUGAGUUUAUCAAUCGACCCAUAGCGAUGCAACCUCUCUUUGACAGCUUGUAUCUGCAGCAAUAUGUUCUUCUCUGUUCCCAGAUGGAUGGAGGCUUCAGAGACAAACCUGGGAAGGGUAGAGACCACUACCAUACGUGUUACUGUUUAAGUGGUCUUUCAAUUGCUCAGUAUAGCUGGACCGACGAAGCUGAUUCUCCACCAUUACCCAGGGAUGUAUUUGGUCCAUAUUCCAGAAAUCUGUUGGAACAGGUUCACCCACUCUUCAAUGUAGAGUUGGAUCGGUAUUACGAAGCUCGCAAAUUCUUCUCAUGCUUGUGAAAAUGCUUCACCAAUAUAGCUUUAGCCGGAAUACUAGCACUGGCUUUUCCAAAGCGUAGGCGAAUCCAGGAUUUAGAGUCAUUGGGUUCAAAAGAGUCUAAUUGUGUUAUCUAUACAAUGUUUUUGCAUUUGUACACGUAUUAAGUGUUUAGAGUAGUGGGUGCUCCUGAACCCUCUAAGCUAACUUCCUGAGUUCUGUAAAAAUCAAUGUCGAAUGGCAGAUAUACAUGUUAAGUGACUAUAAUUUAUUAAGCUGGAAGCUGGUGAAUAGUGAGCAUAAAUUUCAUUUUAGGAAAACAAUUUGUUAUC